AUGACUUCAAAGUUUCAAUUAAUAAAACUAUCAACUGUACAACAAACCCCUUCUAGCAGUAGUAAUAAUGUUCGUUUUGGCAGAAGGAUUUAUUUACAUGUUGAAACUAUGCGAGAACAUAAGUUAUGUACUGGUGACCAUGUUUUCGUCAGAAAAGAAGUUGAAAACGAGUUAGAGCAAAAGAAUACAUUCGUUGAGAUGGUCACUGUGGGUAUCGCUUGGCCAUCAUUUGCUAUUAAAAAAAACCAGAUCCAAUUAAAUACAUUGCAACGUGAAAAUGCCAAUCUUGAGGUUGAUGAUAUCGCGAUUUUGUCGCGUAUAAAAAGUUUCAUCGUAAAUGCAUCUAGAAUUGUACUGAAACCAUUAGGAAAUGUCGAUUUUCCUAUCGAUCAAAUGUUGAAUAUUUUUGCAAAAGAAAUUUUAAUAGACCUUAAAUAUUUAAUGAAAGGCAAUCGCGUAGAAUUUCAAUAUCAUGGAACAAUAAGAAGUUUUCAUGUGGAAGAUGUAAAUCCUGUGAAAGAUGAGAAUGCUAUGGAAGAUGGUUGCUUAGAAAUUGGUUUAUAUCCCGUUUGCCGAGAUACAUCUGUUGUAAUUUUACCACACAAUGUUAGUAAAGAUAGAAAUGUAAACGAUAAAUUUCCUGAUGUUGGCUAUGAUUCAAUUGGUGGACUAACAGAACAAAUUAAAAUAAUUCGUGAGAUGGUAGAAACUCCUCUAAAGAAUCCCGAGUUAUUUACUCAAUUUGGUAAUUCCAUAAUGAUUGAAUUGUCACUAAAAAGUUCAAAUCGUACUAACGCAUCAAAUAUUUAUUUAGGAUUACGGCCACCCAAAGGAAUCCUUUUAUAUGGGCCUCCGGGAACUGGAAAAACGUUAAUUGCACGUGCAGUUGCAACAGAAACAAAAUCCCAUGUUAUUUGUGUGAAUGGUCCCGAAAUAAUUAGUAAAUUUUAUGGGGAAACUGAAGCAAAGUUAAGAAAUAUAUUUGACCAAGCGACUGAAAAUGCACCUUCAAUUAUUUUUAUUGACGAAGUUGACGCGUUAUGUCCUAAACGCGAUGAGGCAAGUAAUGAAUCGGAAAAACGCAUUGUAACAACAUUACUCACUUUAAUGGAUGGGAUCACUAACAAAAAAAAUCAUGAAACGCAACAUGAUCGUGUUGUAGUUAUUGGAGCAACAAAUCGUCCAAAUGCUUUAGAUCAAGCAUUGCGAAGGCCAGGAAGAUUUGACCGCGAAAUUGAAAUUACGAUUCCAAAUGCUAUUUCGCGAUGUUCUAUUUUAUCGACUUUAUUGAAAAAAAUCCCAAACACUCUUACAAUCGAAGAAAUAAAUGCAUUAUCGUCUAAAUCGCAUGGUUAUGUUGGUGCAGAUCUGGCAGCUACUUGUCGAGAAGCCGGAUUAAAGGCCAUUAAAAGGUGUAUAAAGGGAAAUAAACGAGAUGAUGUAAAAGUUAACAUGCAAGAUAUGGAAGCUGCUAUGGCUGAAAUUCGGCCAAGUGCUAUGCGAGAAAUUCUCUUAGAAGUUCCUAAAGUAUAUUGGUCAGAUAUCGGUGGCCAACAAGAAAUCAAACAGAAACUAAAGGAAUCAAUUGAAUGGCCAUUACAACAUCCCGAGGCCUUUCUAAGGUUAGGCAUAAGACCUCCAAAAGGUAUAUUAUUGUAUGGACCUCCAGUAUGUAGUAAAACCCUUAUGGCCAAAGCUUUGGCGACUGAAGCUGGUUUGAAUUUUAUCGCUGUGAAAGGUCCUGAGCUUUUCAGUAAAUGGGUUGGUGAAUCAGAGAAAGCAGUUCGUGAAGUAUUUCGUAAAGCACGUGCAGCCUCUCCUUCGAUCGUUUUCUUUGACGAAAUUGACGCUUUAACUGUUAAACGUGGUAUUGGUAUAGAAAGUGGUACUUCAGUUGCAGAUCGAGUUCUAUCUCAAUUAUUAAAUGAAUUAGAUGGAAUUGAACCGUUAGUAAAUGUAACUGUUGUAGCUGCAACUAAUCGUCCAGAUAUUAUAGAUAAUGCGUUAUUAAGACCUGGACGAUUUGAUCGGAUCUUAUAUGUAAGUCCACCUGAUUUACAAUCCAGAAAAGAAAUUUUUCGAAUUCAAUUAAAAAAAAUGUCACAUGCUAAAGUUGUCAACGUUGAAGAAUUAGCAACAAAGACCGAUAAAUGUUCUGGUGCUGAAAUUGUGGCUAUAUGUCAAGAAGCAGCUUUAUAUGCUAUGGAUGAAGAUCUUGAGGCUAAGGAGGUAAGGAAUGAUCAUUUCUUUAAAGCGAUUUCUUCGUUUACACGUCGUAUUACACCUGAAAUGAUUAAAUUUUAUGAUGAUUAUCGAGAAAAAUUCGAAAAAAAUUAA